GGAACAAAAACUGCAUAGAUUUUGACUUCAAGGGUGCACACCAUGGCGAAAACCGAAUUAAUCGACUCCCAUGUUUCCGUGAAACAGUGCACACGAGCCGUACACGCACUGCAUGCAUAUGCCUCAAAAAAACAAAAGGAACAGGAGGAAACCGAACUUUUACCAUCCAGCGAGCAAUAUGUGUGGCUACAAAUCACAGUGAAGCGGAUGCACCCCGAACACAAGAUCAAACCAUUCAAAAUCCCACUCAAGCAUGCUCUCAUCGAUCCACGAGUUACGCCUGUCUGUCUCAUCACCAAAGACCCUCAGCGAGAGUACAAAGACCUUCUCGAGUCUCAUAAAAUCAAAUUCGUAUCAAGGGUCGUUGGCAUCACAAAACUCAAGGGCAAAUUCAAGUCCUAUGAAGCUAGGCGAAUGCUGUUAAAAGAGAAUGGAAUGUUCCUGGCAGACGAGCGUGUAAUUCCUUUACUGCCGGGCUUGUUGGGAAAGAAGUGGUUUGACGCAAAAAAACAGCCAAUCCCGGUCUGCUUGACACGCAAAGACCUCAAGGGUGAAUUAGAACGAGCCAUCGAGUCGAGCUACAUGCAUCAGAAUAGAGGAACGUGCACGUCCGUUAAGAUCGGACUACUAUCACAUGCGCCAGAAAAAAUUCUCGAUAACAUGAAAAUAUCUCUUCCCGCCAUCGUGAACAAUAUAAAGGGUAACUGGGAUAACAUUCAAAGUCUUCACAUCAAGACGAAUUCAAGUAUCAGCUUACCGAUAUGGACAUGCGGACUCGGAGAUGCGACUGGUGGACGGUGGGAUGGUAUGGUCCAAUCCAAGGACGCAUCUGAGGAGAGCAAGUUGGAUGAAGGCUCUGAUUCCAAAGACACAGACAUGGAUUCGGAAGAACAUGUACCGGAAGUGCCAGUUAGCAAGGGCAAGAGCAAAGGUACGAAGAAACCCCUGAACGAGGUUGUUGUGAAGUCGGUUACUCCGAAGGAGGUGAAACAAAAACGGAGCACUGAAGGAGCAGAGAAGAAGAAAGUGAAGUUUGCAAAAGGUGGCCCAGUAAAGAGUGCGAAGAGUGCCCUCAUUGGCAAGAAGCCAGGUCGACCGUGAUUACCUGCUGCUGGGUGGCGGCGUAGUAUGUCAUCGAGCAGAUAUGUAUCACUGGUGUUGUUUGCGAGCUUGUUCAGAUACCUCAGUAUCCCUUUUCCCCAGGCAUAUACUGCCAGCUGACAAAACGCCAUUGUUUGCAUUUCCCUCUUGUCAUUCAUUUGUUGCUCAGCUGUAAGUAUAUACAUCGGGCAAACCGGAGUGCCAUUGGGUGAACACUACCUUCCUUUUUGGUCAUACUCGGAACCACUCG